CGAGUGUCGUCCGCGCGCGUUCGAUCGCCGCGCGCGCGACACCGACUAUAGGAAAAACUAUCCCCCUCCGGCGUGGUUUGCCGUGGGUCAAGACUCACCCCCGUGUGUCAGUACGACGCCGGUGGUUGUUGCUAUUGCACGCAGCAAGCGCGUUCCCGUGUGCCGUGAGUGUUCGAGCAUCGUCGAGCCCGGGCGAUUCGAUCGAUGCGAUAAAUCGCGCUUCAACUCCGCGAGAAAUUUCAAAAGUCGUGACUCGCCGCGGCUCGUUCCGGAAGAACCGGAAGGGGAGGGGGAGUGUUGAUAUUCGCAUCAGGGUUUCAGAAUUUUCCGGACGAUACAUGAAACUGCGAAUGUUGACGGAUGGUGCUGGUGAAAAAUCCAUCUCCGAAGCGCGGCCCGAGCCCCCAACGAGAAAAUGGGAAGAACCCGAAGUCGAAAGGACGAAAAGGAGGAGCUCGGGGCUCGCGCGGGAACAGUCCCAGCGAUCAAACUGGUUCGCGAGGAAGUAGUCCGGGAAGGAACGGCGGCACCGACGCCAAGGGAAAGGGAAAAAGUGCGCUGCUGCAUUCACGGGGCAACGAGGUUGGUAGCAUCGAAAAAUUGGUGGACGGCGAUAGGCGGAUAAUCGCGACCAAGCAUCUGCUUCCAGAAAACAACAUAAAUGUCGUCGUCAGAGUGCGUCCGCUCAGCAAUAAGGAAAUUAAAGCCGGCGACGAAAUGGCCGUGCAAUUUCCUGGCGACGGGCAAAUAUACUGCGAUGCGGUUUCGAGCAGCGGCGACAAGAAGCCAAAAGUGUUUUCUUACAACGUCGUUUUCGAACCGAAUGCCACGCAGGAGGACAUCCUGCAGUACACUGGCAUUAAGAAUCUCAUCGAGAUGGCGGUGGAAGGCUUCAGCUGCACCGCGUUCUGCUACGGGCAGACCGGAAGUGGCAAAACGCAUACUCUGACUGGACCUCCGAGACUCUUCGACAAGAUGGAUCCGUACUCGGAGGACCACGGUUUGGUCUUCCGUUCCUUCGUCUACCUGUUUAAAGUUCUUCAAGAACACGAGAAGUGCAAUUUCGUGCUAAAAGCUUCCUUUCUGGAAAUCUACAAUGAGAAGGUGAUAGAUCUCUUAAAUCCCGGAACUUCGAGAAAACCGCUGGCGGUUCGCUGGAGUAAAAAAACACGCGGAUUCUUCGUCGAGAAUUUGUUCACGGUGGAAUGCGAAGAACUGGACGAUCUUCUGGCUGUUCUCGAAGAAGGAAUGAGAAAUAGAUCUAUCGGUACGCACAAUAUGAAUGAAUAUUCCAGCAGGAGCCACUCGAUUCUGACUGUAUAUAUCACCUCCGAACAAGCGAUGGAGAAUGGCGUAUUCAUCUCGAAGCAAGGCAAAAUCAAUUUCGUCGAUCUUGCCGGAAGCGAGAUGACGAAGAAGACUCAGAGCGAGGGCAAAACCUUGGAAGAGGCGAAUAACAUCAACAAGAGUCUGAUGGUGUUAGGAUACUGCAUCGCUUCCUUGAGCGAUGGGAAACGAAAAGGAGGCCACAUCCCUUAUCGGGACAGCAAAUUGACGAAGCUUUUAGCCGAUAGCCUCGCCGGAAAUGGCGUCACAUUGAUGAUCGCCUGCGUUUCGCCGGCUCGUUCGAACGCCAACGAGACCUUGAACACCUUGCGAUACGCCGCGAGAGCCAAAAAGAUUUCUACGAAACCCAUUAUAGUGAUGGAUCCACGCGAAGCUCUGAUCCUCAGCCUGAAGCGAGAGGUGGGAGCUCUUCAGACCGAGAAUGAGCACCUGAGGAUGACUCUUCAUCUCAAUGAGACUCAAAAUAUAAUCCGUAGCGAAUCGAAAACCGAACGAAUACCCGUCACACCGCCACCGGUCGACUUCGAUAAAUUGGCCGAGAUGGACACCUCGGAACUGAGCCAAUUGAUUCACGCGUACAUCACCGAGAACGAGGCGUUGCGCCGCGAGAACGCCGAGCUCUACGCCACGCGGGACCAGGUGAUACGAGACCAGGAACUCGUUUGUCGGGAAAACGAAAGAUUGCUCAAGAAACUCGAAGACGUGAAUUCGGUGUGCUGUCGAUCGCCGAUAAUACCAGCGAGACCUUCCUAUUCGGCGGAAUUAUUGAAUGAAAAUAAUGAAGACAUACCUGGUGCGACCAACAUCUGGAUGAAUCCGAACGCUGCUCCCAGUCCGGUGUACUCCUUUUCGAAGUAUACGAUCAAUAGCGGACUAUACAACAGAUCAGCCGGCAGUAUGCCGGAAAAAGUAUUGAAGGAGCUUGACAAGCGUAGAAUCGUCGGCAGUUACAAUAACAUCGCUGAAGCGUACAAGGACAAAAGCAGUCAUCGACGGCACAACUCGUGGGACAACAGCAAUCGGCCUAUGAUCAGCCCGGAGCAGAGAAUCUCUCCGGUAGAUAUAAAUCAUCAAGGUCGAAGGACGACCUUGCGGCGCACCUCGACGGUGCCUGAGGAGGGCAAGCCUCCGCCGUUGAGGCCGAGCGACCGGCCGCCCGCCGCGGAUGACGCCGCUGCCACCGAGAUGCCCGCCGAGCAAUCUAACGGAUCGCCCGAUUCGAUCCUGAGCGGUCCCCUCGAUGUGGGUGGCAAUUCGGCCCCCGACACCGCGGAAUCGGUUGCCCCCACCGUCCCCUUCCCGCCGAUAUCGCACUCGCCGUCGUCGUUCGUGACGCCGGAACCGGAACCGCCCAAGUCGCAAUCGCGGGCCAACAACGGCAAGAAGGGCGCCGAAGGAAGGAUCAAGGACGAGCAGCGAGCCUUCGGCAGCCCGGUCUCCGUCGACGAUGAUGACGCGCGAUUUUGAGAAUCUCGUGUGUCGCGAAGGAAGUCGCGACCGAUCAAAUCUAACCUCUCAUUUUCGACAUUCUCGAUGGGAAACGUCGUCGAAGGAAGCCACUCUCUUUUCAUGCGAAUCUUUGAGAAGCAUCGAGCGACACCGAAAUAAACAUUUACUUGUAACCAAUCAUACGAUUACCUAAUCGCAAUUGUACAAUACACUUUCCUACACAUGUCAGUGAGUUUUUUUUCUUAUUUAUACCGUCUUCUUCGAAGACUUCGGAAGAGAAUGAUGAAGUAAUUGUACAGAAUGCAAUAUAGAUGAAUUGAAGCUGUAAGAAAUGAAUGAAUUAAAGUGAAUUGAAAGAAA